GCCCGACGCCAUCUUCAGACCAGGCUGGUGUGUACGCGGAUUUAUUUUAGAAGCAGGUUGUUGACUGAUAGCGCAGACAUCAUGGGAAGAAAGAAGAAAAAGCAAAUGAAGCCUUGGUGCUGGUACUGUAACAGAGAUUUUGACGAUGAAAAGAUUCUCAUUCAGCAUCAGAAAGCCAAACAUUUCAAAUGCCACAUUUGUCAUAAAAAGCUGUACACCGGCCCUGGGCUCGCUAUCCACUGUAUGCAGGUACAUAAAGAGACUAUUGAUGGAGUUCCUAAUGCAAUACCUGGAAGGACAGAUAUUGAACUGGAGAUUUAUGGCAUGGAGGGUAUUCCAGAGAAAGACAUGGAAGAGAGAAGAAGAGUGCUUGAACAAAAAAACCAAGAGACUCACAAGAAAAAGCAGAAUCAGGAUGACUCUGAUGAGUAUGAUGACGAUGAUGAGCCCGGUCCCUCCUUCCAGCAGCCUGCUCCAGGUCAGCCCCAAGCAGGCUACAUCCCUCCUAUGACCCAGCCUGGCAUGCCUCCUGGCUCUGGUGCUCCUGGGAUACCGCCAGGAAGCUAUUCAGGAAUCCCCCCAAUGAUGCCCGGUGUGCCACCAAUGAUGGCAGGAAUGCCACCCGUAAUGCCUGGAAUGCCUCCAGGGAUGAUACCAAUGGGUAGGAUGAUGCCUCCUGGUCCGGGGAUGCCUCCUAUGAUGCCAGGUGUUCCACCAGGCAUGCCUCCUCCAGUGGCUCACCGGCCCGGCAUUACACACAUGGCUCAGGUCCCCCCUACUGCAAAUGUGCUGACUAGACCUGUAAUUCCUGCUGCCACUGUCCCCUCAGCCCAGCCUGAUGUCACAAAACCUCUGUUUCCCAGUGCUGGACAGAUGGGGAGUCAGGCUGCAAGUACAAGUGCAGGCUCGUCAAGUGCAGACUCUCAGUCUGCCUCCCCUAAAGCUCUGUUCUCUAUCACAUCACAAAGUCAGCAGACAAUGUCAGGGUCCCCCCACCCUCCCCCCUCUACCUCAUCUGAACCCUCAAAGCCCACAUUCCCGGCCUAUACUCAGGCCACUGCAGCUAUGGCCAGCCCCAAUGCUGGCAGUAGUACCGUCUCCAAACCUCCCUCUACUGUGACCAGUAAGCCUGCCACCCUCACCACCUCUAGUGCAACCAGUAAGUUGAUCCACCCCGAUGAGGAUAUAUCACUGGAAGAGUUGCGUGCCCAGUUACCCAGGUACCAGCGCAGUAUUCCUCGUCAAGGCCAGGCCACUGCUUCUGCCCCGUCAGUGGGUCCCGUGGGUGGCAUUAUGGCUCCUCAGCAGCCUGGCAUGAUGCAUCCUGUACCUGGCCAGUAUGGUGGUCCGCCCCAGGGGAUGCCAGGCUACAUGCCAGGAGGGAUGCCCCCAUACGGACAGGCCCCUCCUGUGGUUCCCCCAGGGUACCAAGGAGCCCCUCCACGGCCACCCAUAGGUAUGAGACCCCCUGUCAUGUCUCCUGGAGGCCGCUACUGAAGCCUGCCUUCCUCUCUUCUAUAGGUUUGGACAUUCAACCCUUUUCUAAUGUCCUCAGCUGCUAGUAGACAAACCAGUAUUGGUGUUACAGUACCACGACGUACCGUUUAUUCUACUACUGUGCUAUGAGGAAGAGACACUGAAUAAGCAGCAAACAAAAGAGCUAUAAAAGCAUCACAGAGCGCAUGGGAAAUAUUUACACUGUACCUAACCAAGCCUAUGAACUGUUGUUUCAAACCAUCUCUGUUCUGUGGCUUUUUUUCCUUCUCAUGUUUCAUUCAGGUGUGUAGAAGUGUAGUAGAUAUGGUUCGUAGUGUUGUGAAGGCGCUGGAGUUACAUGGGAAGUACCCACCCUUUAUCAAGGCAAGUUUUCUGUAAAUACAUUUUUGUUCUAAGCUAAACAGUGAGGCCUUCACAGCACACAGGUGCUGUUGGACUUCAUGUCCCCAACUAUGUUUGGUGAGGGCUUCAAGUAACUGUUUAUGCCUUUGUUCGGUUUUAUGUUAAUACUCAAUUGAUUUUAAUGAGGAAACUCCCCUAAAUCUAAAAAGAUUAAGUACAUGGUCACAAAAUGAAAUGAUAUAUGUAUUGUUGUACAACUGUAUUGUAAUAAAAUGUGGCAAAAAUGUAAGACUCUUCUUUGCGGGACGUUAGUGGGAAAAGAGACGUCACAGCAGGUUUGUACUCUAGUUUUAAGCUACGUGACUACAUGGUGUCUUUGUUGUUUUGAAAGAUGAAUAAUAUAAACAGAAAUGUACAUCUGUGCUUUAAAUCUUUUGUUGAGUUGAAAUUAAAAUGUUGGUAAAUAUU